AUGUCGUCUUUCACAUUGGACGAUGAUUUCACACCCCUGCCUGACCGCCCUGACUGGCUUCUCAUGCACGACAGCUUGAAGGCAAUCCUCACUGCUUUGCACGCCGAGAUCCGAAACAUAAACGAGAGGACCGAGAAGCAUGAGGCGCAAGGGCUGAAAGAGGAAGUUGAGAAGUCUCUAGCCCCUAUUUUCAGCCGGAUCGAAGCCCUCGAAUCCUCUCUUGCCUCCCUCAAAUCGACCCCCGUCCCCGCUGCUACCCCUACUCCUCGGCCAAAUGUGAAGUUCGUCAUUGAAGCUGCUCUCGGUCGACUGGACCAUAUCAACAACGAAUCCAUUGACAAGGCGAAAAAGGUCAUCAAAGGGAUUCAGAACCAGACUCCUAUGGAUGAAAAGGCCGCGCUUAAGCUGGCGCGGGUGAUCGGCUGUAUGGAGGCCAUGACUGCGAAGUCGAACGGGUGGCAGAAGGAUCUCUGCCGCCAAAGCUUGGAGGAUUUUAGGGGGUUGUUGCGCGGUAGCCAGCUUCGAAUAUGA